AUGCAGAACCUGAAGGCUGACCCUGUAUUCGAAGCAUUGGAUAAGAUAUUCCGCUGCUACAACAAGGCAGGCUUUCAAGUCAAGAUCAUCAAGUGUGACCGGGCGUUCAUUCCUCUCACGGAUGAUAUGAUAGACGAUAUGGGUGUUACUAUUGACCCGACUGCAGCUGGAGACCACGAGCCUACCGCUGAGCGAAACAAUAGGACGCUGAAAGAAAGAGUAAGAGUAGCUCUUGCACAAUUACCCUACAAAGUGGUCCCAAAAGUGAUCACUGAAUGUCUUGGACGUCAAGCCGCCAAGCUAUUGAAUGUCUUUCCCCAGAAAGACAGUAUCUCAUCACAUUUCAGUCCGCAGCAACUCAUUGAUAAUGUCAAUAUCAACUACAAGAGUGACAUGGUUGCUGAACUUGGACAAUAUGUUCAUGCAAUUGGGACGGAUUCCAACAAUUCGAUGGAACCCCGAAGUAUCGAAGCAAUUUACAUUGAACCUACGAAGGGACAACGUACUGGGCACCGAGUGCUCAACCUCAAUACUAAGAAGAUGAUUUCCCGACCCAAGGUUGUUGUACUACCCGUUACCGAUCAAGUAAUCCAGCGUGUUGAAGCUUGGGCUGCUGCCAAGGGUGUUACUUCCAUGAAGUUCUUCGAUAAGAAGAGAGAUUUGGAGACAUUUCAAGAUGGCAAUCAAAUUGCAGGAGUGGAUGACACGGAACAAGGUUACUUAGAAGAAGCCUUUGAUCAGGACUAUGAACCUGAAGAUGAUGAACGUGAUUUCAAUCUAUGUGGACAAUUCGAUGAUAUCAAUGACUCCAAAAGAGAAGAGCUCUUGGCAGAUGCAGACAAUGAUGUCGAUGAUAUGCCAGAACUCACUGUCAGAUUCCAAGGAGAUGAUGACUAUGAAUCAGACGACGAUUCAGGUGAUGAAGGCGACGAAGAGGAAGAACCUAUUGUGGCCAAUUUGGAUCACCAUCAAGAAAAUGUCGAUAGAGGAGCCGAUGAUAUUGGGAGCCUUGUUACUGAUCUGGAGGACCUACAAGAGCCGCCAGAAGAAGAGAUUGUAUUUGAGCCUGAAAUGCCUCAAGUAGCAAAAGUCACUCGAUCUGGGCAAACGUAUGCGCAAGCUACAAUGUCUGGGCUGAACCUUUCUCAAGUUCCAAAGAGACCAAGAGAAUGGCCUUUGAGCAGGAGUGGCAGUUCUGCCAAUAAGAACAAAAAUCAAGUUGCGACAAGACGCAAGCAUCGAGAAAGAGAAUUGAAACCGUUGAAGAACAAGUUAAAAUCUGGUAUUUGUACCAAAGAAGGAAGUCGCAGUACUAAAGACAGUAAAGCUAUCCUUGAAGCACAGCACAAUCUAUGUUUCCAACAGAUU